AUGACCUUACCUCGCACCUUCAUCCCUGAUUUCGUGGUGCCCUGCAUUUGCAUCCCACCCAUGAGUGUAAAUCCUCUCAAACUAAUUAGUAUACCUUUGUAUUCUCCUCUCCAUGCCCUUCUCUACUGGCUUUCCAGUGACCUUUUCAGCCUUGGAACCCAUUCCCCCUUCCUAUUGCUCCUCCUGCCGUACGGCCUAGUGGUCCCCCAGCCUCGCAAACUGAAAAGCCAACUGGGCCCUCCUUUCUCACUUCCAGGCUCGGUGGCCCUGUGGGCACAACCUACGGAUCCAUCUUGGCCUCAUUUGCCAACACCUUCAUUAAUCAAAGGGGAGCCUUCUCCUCUUGGAAUCAGUGACUUGAAAGCAACAUCCAGAGUUCCUAAACGUACCUCCAAAUUACUGUCAGUGCCAUGUGGGUGCACUGGGCAGUGUCACACUCCAUCCUGCUUGGACAUCGAGCCAACACCUAAAGCAAUCCUUGUGCCUGGUCUUGCAUCAGCGCAAGAGCUAGAUCCCAUGCUGAAUCUCCCUCCUGGAGAUCCCAAAUGUGAUGCAAUAUCACCACCAGUGCCACUUGUGUACCCUGGGCAGUGCCAUGCUCCAUUCAGUCUGGAUGAUGAGGCAAACUGCAAGCCUGGCCCUGCCAAAAUGACAGUUCCAAUGCCUCCUCGCAAUCCAUGUCCUACCUGUGAGCCUUCAAGCCAGCAACGUCUCAUCAAGCCAGGAGAUGCUCAAGAGGGGGAGAGGUUUUCACAUUUAUCAGUGAUUGAUGCCCAGUACAGAAACAGCGAUCAAGUCACUCCAUACGUGUCCCAAUUUGUGUCAUAUAAGAUUGAACCCUUUGCAGUGCCUAACAUAGUUCCGAAACCAAAACCAUCCUCUAAGCCUCCCCUCCAACCCAAUAUCCCUGACUACUUGGACAUAGCGUACCCCAUGUUGGCCGAGCGCAGAGUUAAGGAAAACAGAAAAGGCAUAGACCCACUAUUCCCCUCCCCCGGUCCCUCACUCUCGUCUUCUAAUCAUUUCAAGGUCAUUUGCUUCGCCUCUAACACACACGAGGUUUUUGCCUUAGAGGUGUCAGCAACCUCUAAAUUAUCAUCAGCAUCACUUUCUAAUUCCCUUAGAAUAAAUAGAUGCGAGGCCACCCCCUACAAUGGUGGCAGCGAAGACCCCAACAACAUUGGCAGCGAAGACCCCAACAUUGGCAGUGAAGAACCCAACAAUGAUGGCAUAUCUACCGAAGACUUACAAAUCUUGGAAGCAGGAUUCAAACAUAUAAACCAUCGGAAAAAUACAAUCCCGAGAUGA